AUGAAUGCCGAUUCCUAUAUCCAUAGCACAGAAGCGGACGUAAAGGACGUACAGAUGGCUGUGGAAGGAGUGGGUCUGUGGGCUCUCAUCAGUGACUUAAUCCCGGAUGAGAUUGAAGUGAUGCUCAACUCAUUUGCCAUCUCUGCUCACGUCGUGGUCUUCACAUUCAUUAUAUCGUUGAUGUGGUGCUCAACCAAAGUAUUAGUUUCUGUGAUCAAUGGCUGCAAACAAGACAAUCACUUAAGAGACAUUUAUAACAAAAGCCAACGAAAAGUGUAUUACUUUGAGGCCGAGAGAGAAAAACUGGAGAAAGAGGUGACCGCAGAGAGAGAUAAUGCCCAAAGAGCGCUCGAAAAGUUGGACUCAAUUGAGCCGAAAGUGCAGUCAUUGGAGAAGCAAUGCUUCAGUUAUAAGUCAUUGAACCAACAAAUGCACCAAAAGGUGACUGAAUUAGAGGCAGAGCUCGAGAGCGCCUCAGAGGCAGCGCUGGAAGCGAACCGACUGUUGAGUGACUUCUUGACGUCGCAGAAGGAAAACGUGAGUUUGAACUCAAGUGUCGACGCAUUGCAGCAACAGAUCACUAGACAGACAGACAUUGUCUCGAAAGUGGAGGCAAACGCCAAACAAAAAGAGAGAGAAAAUUUAGAGCUCAAAGAGAGAGCCGACAAAAUGGGCGCUGAAUUGGAGAGACUGAAGACUGUCCUCAAAGACACUGAACUUAAUUUAGAAACCUUUCAGAAGAAUAACGAAGAGUUAAAAUCAUCCAAAACUGAACUCAAUUCGAGUUUCAAUGAAUUGGAAGAACAAUAUUCUAGUCUUCAGAUCAAAGCCGACGACUAUAAGGAGAGAAACGAUGAACUUAUGGAUGACUUCCAGAAAUUGAGUCAAGAAUUGGAAAGUCUUAAGGAAGAGACCGCUCGUAAAGAAUUAGAAAUCGAGUCUUUCAAAGAUAUUUUGUCGAAAUUGAGACGACAUUCGAGACAUUCCUCGGGUAAAGACAGUGAAGUGGAUGGAGAUAAUGAAGAUAAUGAAGAUAAUGAAGAUAAUGAAGACGACGACCAAAUCGAUAGUCAAGAGAAUAAUAAUAAAUGUUUGACUGAUGUAUACGAUAUCGUAGAAAUGGAUCUAAAACUUAAAAAUAUAACAAUCGAUAAAAACUCAUUGACUCUACAACUGGAAAGUAUGAGCAAAACGUGUGAACAACUGAACAAUCAAUUGAAUGCUUUGGAGACCGAAAACAAUGCAUUUAAAGCCGAGUGCGAAGACGCGGUUCGCCUCAAACUUGAGGCGCAAACCAAGUUAGAAGUGUUGACCAAAUAUUAUAAGGAAAAGGAGAUAGAGUUCGGCAAAGAGAUAGGUGUGGAGCACAUCCAUCGGCGCCAGAAGGAAGAGGACGCCAACUCAAUGAGCACUCAAUUGGGUGUCAUUUUCGAGGAGAACACAUCGCUUAGGAGUCAAUUGGAGUCGAUGAAGACGGAGGUCAUGGACUCGGAGAGCAAAUACAAGAAACAGAUCACUUCACUGGAGAAACAGGUGCACGAGAACUGGGUGUUGGCGCGCACUGCCCAACGAGCACUCGAUGAGUCCAAAGCAGAGGCCACUGCACUCCGGCAGACGCUUACGAUGUCUGUCAAGUCGGCCGACAGUUAUGGUCCCGACUCUUCAUUUAUGGACGACUCGGCCAGUUCUGUGUCCUCAUUGGCCGACCAUUUCGGACAAAUUCUACCACCAAUUCCACCGCCACUUCCACCCCCACCACCUAUGCUCAGUCCACUCAUGCCUCCGAUGCAUAUGCCUUACAACGAAGGGCCCGAAUCGAUGCCAUACUGGGCCCACAAUCCGAUGGCCAAUCCCAUACCCAAUCCCAUACCCAAUCCAUACCAACAAAUAAGCCCUUACGUGAACUCCAUGCAAAGUAAUGGUGCCAAUGCUAACAACCCAAACGUGUCGUACGAGUCUAUGCCCAUGAGCUCACAACCAGCUCCACAACACUGGGACUCGGCAUCAAAUCGUGACACUUAUACUCCACACUCUCACCGCUCCAAUGCAUCCCAACACUCACACCAAUCAUAUAAUGUUAUGUAUUCGCAGCCUAACAGUGAGUACACGAAUCCUAUGGCAACUAUGAACUCGAUGUCGAGUCCAAUACAUCAUUCAAUGGCCAAUCAUUACGAGCCUUCCGUGCAAUCUGUGAAUAUGAUGUCAGAUGUGACCCAUUCGUUGCCAUCGAUUGGCAAUGAAUCCAACUUUAAUUAUAACAAUCAGUACAAUGAAUCUGCUGUGUCUUCGCUGUCCACUUCACGCAACGAUAACUCUUUGCAUAAGUCUAUAGUUUGAAUGAAUUCUCAUUUGUUUGUUAAUACUUUAGAGAAUAUAUUACUAUUUAUGAAAUUAUUACAUUUAUUAAAUAUAUUUUAUUAUACUAUAUUACCAUGAUCAAUAAAAAAAUGGAUUGAAUAUUCUAUA